UCCGGCCGCCAGGACCCCGGCCGGGAGGGCGAGUCCCAGCCCAGAGGGCAGCAGCGGGAGAGGCCGGCGGGUCAUGCCCUGCUCACUCCGCGCCAUUCUCCUCCGGGACCUGAUCCUGGGCGUGUUGGGCAUCUCUGCCUUCCUCAUCCACUUGGGCUCCGACCUGUGGGCGGUGACCCAGUAUGUGCUCAGCGGCCGCUACCUGUGGGCCGCACUGGUGUUGUCGCUGCUGGGUGUCGCCUCGGUCGCACUGCAGGUCUUCAGCUGGGUCUGGCUGCGCGCCGACCCCGCCGACCUGCACUCCUCUCAGCUCUCCGCGCGCUGCCUGGCGCUGCUCCACCUCCUGCAGCUGGGCUACCUGUACAGGUGCAUGCAAGGGCUGCAGCAGGGGCUGUCGGUGUGGCAGCAGGAGGCGCCCUCCCCGUUCGACUUGGCCUACGCCGACUUCCUCUCCCUGGACAUCAGCAUGCUGCGGCUCUUUGAGACCUUCCUGGAGAAGACGCCGCAGCUCACGCUGGUGCUGGCCAUCGUGCUGCAGAGCGGCCAGGCCGAGUACUACCAGUGGGUUGGCAUCUGCACGUCCUUCAUGGGUAUCUCAUGGGCACUGCUUGACUACCACCGGGCCUUGCGCACCUGCCUCCCCUCCAAGCCUGUCCUGGGGCUGGGCUCUUCCGUGAUCUACUUCCUGUGGAACCUGCUGCUGCUGUGGCCCCGAGUCCUGGCUGUGGCCCUGUUCUCAGCUCUCUUCCCCCACUACGUGGCUCUGCACUUCGUGGGCCUGUGGCUGGUGCUGCUGUUCUGGGUCUGGUGUCAGGGCACCAAUUUUAUGCCAGAUCCCCGCUCUGAGUGGCUCUACCGGGCAACGGUGGCCACCAUCCUUUACUUCUCCUGGUUCAAUGUGGCUGAGGGCCACACUCGAGGCCGUGCCACCAUCCACCUGGUGUUCCUCCUGAGUGACAGCGUUCUCAUGGUGGUCACCUGGGUGACGCAAAGUGCAUGGCUGCCCAGUGGGAUCCCGCUGCAGAUGUUGCUGCCUGUGGGCGGCACCAGCUUCCUUCUGGGUCUGGUUCUGCGGCUUGUCUACUACCGCUGGCUGCACCCCAGCUACCCCUGGGAGCCUGACCAGGUGGACGGGACAACCACCUUCCGCUCCCUCGAGUACUAUCAGCUGCCUCAGAACAGGCGCAUGGACCAUUUGGCUCAGAAUUUUUUCUCCAAGGCUAGGGAUGAGGCUGCUCUGCCAUGGCCGGGGGAGGUCAAUGGCGUCCUUUGAGGCAGGGUCGGACCCAGCCAGGGGACAGAAGGACACAUGCAAUCAGUCGUUAGAAUGCAGGAGAAGAUAAGCUAAUUGUGCUGCUAUGGGCCUUGACUCACUCAACAAGCACUUGCUGCCGGAUCUUGCCAGGCACUGGAGACUAGAGUUGAAUAAGACAGAGGCCUGCCUUCAAGGAUCAGAAGAUGAGGAGGACCGCACCCUAGAGGGGCAAGAGCCCAAUUAUAUACAAAACACUUGGAGAGGACAGAAAAGAUCCCCUUUUCUUUUCCUUCCAACCAGUAUAUCUGGA